GGGAAGACUCGCGGAGAUGGACAAAUGUGGAGAUGCGAAAAUGAGGCCGUGUGGAGCCGUGGAUGGGCACGGGGAUCCAGGAAGGACCCGGCCGAGAGGCUUGUGGAGCUGGAGCUCCGAUGUGCGCACGUGGGGGCGGCCGGGGGUGGGCGAGGAGCCCUGGAGAGGAUGUGGGCUUGGGCGAUAGACAAGCUCGAAGGUGUGUAAGAAUUGAGUAGGUGAGGAUGGAGCACUGUAGGGGACCCAGGGGUAGGGGAGAUGGAGGACACUGGGGAAUGCGGAUUACAUCCUGCGGAGGCUGACGAGCUAGGAUGGAGUUGGAGGCUGUGGGGGCAGGGGUUGCUGAGUGAUUCUCUGGGGCUCUGACUUAGACACGUACCUGGGCCCAGAGACUGCGUCCCUGUGCCCUUCCAACACCCCCUCUUUCUGCCCUCCCCGCACUGCAGCACCUCUCGGUGGGGGCAGGGAAGCUGGAAAGGGGGUUGGCUACAGGAAGUGAAGGGUCACACCAGCCUGGGGGAUCAGGGAGCUGGUUUCAGGAGGAAGUGUCCAAGGUUUCUGCCGUCAUCACCUCCCCGGAGUCAGACUCAGAAGAUACGUUUGUUUACCUGCUGUCUCCCCAGGGCAGCCUAUUGGAGUCACUCUUGGCGCCUAGCAACCCCUACCUUGCAGAGUGGGGGCCAAACAUUUCUUCCCCAUCCCCCAGUACUAAAGAUUUUGUUCUUGGGUAGUACUGGAGACUGACCUGAGGCCUGAAAAGUGGACCUCUACAUCCCAGGCUGAAAGCGGAAAGAGCUCUGCACCUGGUUUCUGUUUGACAUAGGAACUAUUUGUGGAAAGGGGUGUGGGGGAGGAGGACCUGUCUCUAGUCUACAUCAAGCACAGUGCUGGGCACUGUCACAUGCAUUUUCUCAUUAAUUUCUCUUAACAGCCUUUCCAAGUGCUAGAUGUGUUUUAUGACAUUCACCUUUAUAGGUGGGGUGGGAACCAAGAGAUGGCAAAAUGAAGCUCCUGGUGCUAAUAAUUUUUGAUCCUCUUGUCCUCACUGAUAUCUUCAUUCCACUGGGAACCCAGUCCCCUCUCUGGUUCCCACACAGCCCCUCACCUGCAAAGGGUGAUGGCUUUCUGCUCCUGGGUCCAUCCUUUUGGGAGAGGCGAUACCAUGGAAAGAGCAUCUCCCAGCCCAGGUCUUACUGAGGAGCAGCUUCAAGAGCCAAUUACAGGAUGGAGGAAGACUGUGUGCCACAACGGGGUACUGGGCCUGAGCCGCCUGCUCUUUUUCCUGCUGGGCUUCCUCCGGAUUCGUGUUCGGGGCCAGAGAGCCUCUCGCCUCCAAGCCCCUGUCCUUGUUGCUGCCCCCCAUUCCACUUUCUUUGACCCCAUUGUUCUGCUGCCUUGUGACCUGCCCAAGGUUGUGUCCCGAGCCGAAAACCUUUCCGUGCCUGUCAUUGGAGCCCUUCUUCGAUUCAACCAAGCCAUCCUAGUGUCCCGGCAUGACCCAGCUUCUCGCCGCAGAGUAGUGGAGGAGGUCCGAAGGCGGGCCACCUCAGGAGGCAAGUGGCCCCAGGUGCUAUUCUUUCCGGAAGGCACCUGUUCUAACAAGAAGGCUUUGCUUAAGUUCAAGCCAGGAGCCUUCAUCGCAGGGGUGCCUGUGCAGCCUGUCCUCAUCCGCUACCCCAACAGUAUGGACACCACCAGCUGGGCGUGGAGGGGGCCUGGAGUACUCAAAGUUCUCUGGCUCACAGCCUCUCAGCCCUGCAGCAUCGUGGAUGUGGAGUUCCUCCCUGUGUAUCAGCCCAGCCUUGAGGAGAGCAGGGACCCCACCCUCUAUGCCAACAAUGUCCAGAGGGUCAUGGCACAGGCCCUGGGCAUUCCAGCCACCGAAUGUGAGUUUGUAGGGAGCUUGCCUGUGAUUGUGGUGGGCCGUCUGAAGGUGGCAUUGGAGCCACAGCUCUGGGAACUGGGAAAGGUGCUUCGGAAGGCUGGGCUGUCCCCUGGCCGUGUGGACACUGGGGCAGAGCCAAGCCGGAGUCGAAUGAUUGGCCAGGAAGAGUUUGCAAGGCAGCUACAGCUCUCGGACCCUCAGACAGUGGCUGGUGCCUUCAGCUACUUCCAGCAGGAUGCCAAGGGUUUGGUGGACUUCCGAGAUGUGGCUCUUGCACUAGCAGCUCUGGAUGGGGGCAGGAACCUGGAGGAGCUGACUCGCCUAGCCUUUGAGCUCUUUGCUGAAGAGCAGGCAGAGGGGCCUGGCCGCCUGCUAUACAGAGAUGGCUUCAGCACCAUCCUGCACCUGCUGCUGGGUUCACCUCGCCCUGCUGCCACAACUUUGCAUGCUGAGCUGUGCCAGGAGGCACCCAGCCAGGGCCUCUCCCUCUGUCAGUUCCAGAACUUCUCCCUCCAUGACCCACUCUAUGGGAAGCUCUUCAGCACCUACUUGCGCCCCCCACACACCUCUCGAGGCACCUCCCAGACACCAAAUGCCACCUCCCCAGGCAGCCCCACUGCUCUGGCCAAUGGGACCAUGCAAGCACCCAAGCAGAAGGGUGACUGAGCGCCUCAGUUUUCCGCCCCUUCUUUCUCAGCUCAAAUCCAGCCCCGCAGACUCAGGGCAGUGCCAGGGAUUUACCCUAUGCCUCAACCCCAUCUCUGCUCCUGUUUGAUUUUGGUUGUUGUUGUUGUUUUUUUAAGUUGAUCUUAAUUUUUUGUUUGGUUGGGUUUUUUUGUAAGAAACUAUUUUAUAUAUAAAUAUAAAUCUAUAUCUAUUAAAAAAAAAGUGAAGCUUAGUCACAUGGAUGGUAUUAUUAGUUGGGAAGGAAAAGGAUGGUUACAGGAUGCCCAUUGGGAGAUCCAGAAGGUUCCAAAGGUCAGACCUCUUAGCCAUAGCUGAAGGAGUAUUCUCACUUCCAGACAGGGCUCUUUCCUGUACAGAAAUUAUACAAAGAGAUUGCAUACCCUCCCUUAUUAUUAUCACCUCCUAAAUACGCACAUUUUAAUGAACUAAUUCAUGAACCUCUUUUCAGCCCAUUCCCUCUUGUUCUGUCCUCAUUAAAGAUUAAAAUAGCUUACUACCUACCAUUCCAUAUUUAAUAAUCCUACUGAGACUUGAUUCCAUCACCCAUAGUGGGAGCAGAGAGCUGUGUCAGUAAGGAAGCAGCCUCCCAGUUACAGGGCAGACCAACCACAUGGUUUGGUUUCCCUGCCACAGGGAUGAGCUGAGGACGCUUCAGUCCUUUCUGUCCAGCCUCUCUUCAAGGAAGAGAAAAGAGCCCCUGGAUACAAAUAAAGAAAAUUAAUUACAUUUAGGAAAUCAGAUAUCUGUCCUAGAGAUCUAACACACAAAAAAGCAUCUAAACUUAAGGAAAGGUAAAUGACAAUGGAAUAUCCAGAAAAGCCCUUUUGAUGCCAAGUCCAGGUUUGUGAAGAGGGAACAAAUAAAGUGGUCGUUGGAAAACUCUACUUUGGGGCCCCUAUCACAACCUAAAAGUCUGUUGCCAAGAAGAAGCUGCAGGGAGCCAAGUUAGCGGGGAGGCAGGGUAAAGUACCUGGAUUCAUAGACUCUGGAACUACCCCUCCCUAUUUUCACAGCAUCUUGCCCUAUCUAGCAGCAAAGGUGUUCAUACAGAAGAAGGGCACAUUGAGAGCAUUCUCCAACAAAAGCUUUAUUUUAUUUUUUUCCAUACAACUCCUUCCAAAGGUCUUUCCCACUUAGGGAACUUUCUGCAACCUGGCCAGUCUGACCUCCCACCCCAGGCUCAUCAACCCCUUUUGCAGAACAAAAUGGCAUUGGGCUGAGGCUGAUUCUCCACUGUGUACAGCAGCAGUGAAAUCUACUCUGGGGUGCCACCUCUGCGACUGGCAGGUGGGGCAGAAUGGUCCCUCUGCUUCCUACUGGCUACGACGUCGUUUCUUCCUUCUGCCUGUGACAAAACUGUCACGCCGCCUUUUACGAGGCUGUGAGGGUCGCACAGUUCCCAGAGCCAGGGGUCUCUUUUCAGCAGGGGCUGGACCUCCAACUACAGCUCGCUUCCCAGACUUGACAGGGUAUGGAGCUUGACUAAGACCUCUUUCCUCAGUGGAGGGGUGGGAUGCUCUCUGAACGGCCCGACCUCCUGAGGUUUGGCAAGGACUAAGGGGAGGCCCCCUCGGAGAUAGGCUAAGUUUUGAGGCCAAGAGGUAGGCAAAGUUGGAGAGCCCCUCAUCUUCCUCAUCUCCCCCCUCCUCCUCCUCCCCUCCUUUGGUCACAUCUGAGGUGUGUGUUUUACUCAUAGGAGAGGUUUCUCUCAGGACUGAAGCAUCCUUGGUUCCCCAUCUAGGGGAAGAGCUCCGAAGGCCCUGGUGAGGAGAUGUUGAUUUGGGGGUCCUCAGUGUCAAGGCCUCUUGAUUGCUUUGUAAAGGAACAAGGUCUUUUGGCUUAGACAAACCCUUAUCUUCCCUGCUCCCUCCUUGAGGAUCAUCAGAAGUAAAAUUUGUAGGACAAGUAUCUUUGCUAACGCCUAGUUGGAGGCCACAGUUAUCUCUACCGUCUAGUAUGUUUUCAUGUUCUAUGGUUUUCAACAGAGGAGAAAAGAGAUUGCCUCUGCUCCCUGCCUCUUGGCCACCCUCCGGGAAAGAGGAAGCAUCCUGGGUCCCUAGGAUAAUGGGAUUGCCUUGGCUUGCAGGCAAUGGGGUUUCUUUGGGAGACCCCAUUGUGGAGGUACCAACUCUGCUCUCCAGCAGUGGAGAACAACCUUCAGCCCAGAGAUCACUGGGAUCCUGUAUGGUCUCAGGGAUCUGUUCUCUCUUUUCUUUUGGUCCCAAAGCUGGGCUGUUGGCUCUCAGAGGUACUGGCAAGCUGGCAUCUGUCUCUCCACAGGGAACCACACUGCUCCCUGUAUCCCCAGGCACUGUGGUUUCUGCAGGACCCAGAGAAAUGCUAUUCCUCGAGCCCAGGGCCUGGUGCUCAGUUACACAUUCCCCAUCUUUGAAGCUCUCUAUGACUUCUUCAAUUUGUAAGGGCAACUCCAAGCCUACAGCAACCAUCUCACUACUCAGCCAAAGUCCUUGGCUGAGAGAGGUCCUGUCCCUGUCCCCAACUGCUCCAGGGGAAGAUUCCUGAUCACAGUUCUGAGCCAUGGGAGGACCUCUGUCAUCUCUGCACAAGGCUCCUGAGAAGCCUUCCUGGGGUGUUGCUAAAGGCUUUGCCCCUUGAGGAAGCACUUCAAGUUCCCCCAUCUGUUCUGUCUGCAGCCCCAGGUCCUGCUUUUCUAACUCCUGUCCUUGUAGAGGAGCUGGCUUUUCAAGUUCAGCAUCCAAAUUGGGAGCAUUCUUGGGCUGGGGGCCUUCCUGCCAGCAAAGGGGUAAAGCCUCUGAAGUCCUAUCAGUCACCAGGCAGUGUCCAGGAGACCCAGCACCUCCCUGAUGACCCUCCUGAUGUGGUGACAGCUGGUUUAUGACCUUCCUAGACCCUUUUCUCUCCAUACCCAAGAGUGCCUGAGUUCCCUGUGAAGCCCCAAGUUCCACGUGAAGGUCCCAAUUACUAGAGGAUGGCAGAGUGUUCCCCUCCCUGCGCAAACCUCUUAGACCAUCCAGAGCUCGCUGCUGCCCACCAUGCAUUUCUCUUGCCUGCUUUCCUGAAGAAGCAGCCUUUCCAAGGCAAACAGUGCCCCCAGCCCCUUGAGGCCCAGGUGAGAGCUGAGGCCUCCCACCCCCUCCUUCAUCCUGAUCAGAAACAGGAUGACUUGAGACCAACUGAGCUGCACUGCAAUUUGGAGGCGCCUCCGCAUCCUCCUGUUCCAAGGCCGAGAGUCGCUUCUGGACCAGCUGGAAGAGAAUGGACAAAUACCAGUUCUAUACAUGGUUGUGAGAAGAGGUGGCUGAGUGGGUGGUUGGAGAUGGUAUUUGGGCAGAACAGGGAAGAAAAGCAUGUGGCUCAAGUGAUGGUAUCAAAGACAUACUGCAGCUCUUCCCACUUUUUCAUGCCUUAUUUCCAUACUUGGAGCCCUUACUCUCAUUGCCUGUGUUUUCACAGUCCCUUACCUAUUCUACACCAGAAACCCAAUCCUAAAGCUGUUCUAAGACAGUACAAGGUUAGACAAAAUCAUGAGAGCAUCUUGUUCUAAUAUUCCCUACCUCCCAGGUUUACCUGGGAAAGAGUGAGUCCUUCUUCUUGCUCCAGCUCCUCCAUUAAGGCUAAAGGAUCCCUCUCCUGUUCUGGGGACAGCAGAUCUGCCAUAAAUUGAGGAUGAAUAACGGCCUCCACCUGGAGAACAGAAGGAAAAGUGAUGUGAAUCCUUCAAGUAACCUGUGAGCCAAGGGGCUCCAGAGACAAAGCCAUGAGCCCCCACCUCCCACUCAGCCAUGACUACCAUCAGUUACAGAAUAAAGCCUACUUUCUACUGCCUUGGGCAGAACACCAGAUGAUUGGUAUCCCAUCACGCCCACUCCUAGAACCUAGAAACUAGAAAGCGAUAUAGCCCACCUUCGAGACAAAGAUCUCCUGAGAACACAGUUCAUCAAUAUAGCCCAGGAGACCUGGAUCUGGAUACAUGGCUUCAUCCUCCUGCUGCUCCUCCUGUUUUCCAUCCGACUCCCCAGUGGCCAAGUGACUCCCCUCCAGCCCCUCCAUGAUGUCAAUAUACUCUUUCACAGCU